GCACAAGAAGUUCGUUUCUUCUCAGCCGUCCGUGACGAUUCUUCUCACAGCAAGAUUACGAGGGUCUUUCUUUGCCUCGCCGGUGGUCUCUCGCUCGUUGCUCGCCGCUUUCCUUGCUCGACGUCCGUCGCGUCUUCUUUUCCCUGUCCGUCUCUCACUGUAUCGCUCUCCUCUGUCCAUUCGUUUGCUUCCUUUCUGUCUCUCUCCUUCCUCGUCUGUCGCUCUCCACUGCCGCAGUCUCUUCUCUGCCUUUUUCGGUUUUUUCCGACGCCUCCCUCUCUGCAGAGACGGCUGCUGUCACCAUGGCGCGCCGUCCGCCUGAGGCGGCCAGAGAGCAGGCCGUCGAUCUGGAGUCCGGCGCCUCUCGCUGUUCUUCCCAGACGUUCUCGGAGUCUUCUCCCGCUCCACGCAGAGAGAGUCGAACUUCAGUCUUCGACGCCUCUGCUCUCCUCUCUGCCCUGGACGGCAAAACUGUGCAUGCACAAAAGAUCUGGCGCUACGUCGUGCAGAAGAACGUCCAGGACUUCAGAGAGAUCCCCGAUUUGCCGAGGCGGCUGUACGCGACGCUCGCGGAGAACUUCUGUCUGCAUGCGUCUCGCGUUUUGCGGACGAAGACCAGCCGCGACAGAUCGACAACCAAGCUCCUGCUGGAGUUCCCAGACGGCAGCCAGAUUGAAACAUGCAUCAUGCGCUACGGCGCAGUGCAGUACGCUCUCUUUCCAGAGUCCAAGAGGCCAACAGAGAAAGAGAAUCACGGCGGAAGCAUAAAGGCGAGGGAAGAAGCAGAGGAAGGAGCAGAGGGAGGACAACAGGGAGACGAAGAAGAAGAAGGAGAAGAAGAAGGGGGAGAAGAAGAAGGAGAGAACGAGGAAGAAGCGAGAGCCGCUAGUGAGAAGCAGGAGAAGGCGGGAGAUGAGCAGCGGCUUUACAAGAGCAAUCGACGCGCGACGGUUUGCUUGUCUGCGCAGGUCGGCUGCCAAAUGGGAUGUACCUUCUGUGCGACGGGGACGAUGGGGAAGAAGCGCAACUUGGCGGAGUGGGAGAUUCUGGAGCAGCUUUACCACGCGAGCAGAGUUGAAACAAUUCGCAAUAUUGUUUUCAUGGGCAUGGGAGAGCCUCUGGACAACUACAACAGCGUCGUCUCGUCCAUUCGAUUCAUGACUCAGCCCAACAAGUUUGCAAUUGGGGGUCACCGCGUUUGUAUCAGCACUGUUGGUCUUCCCCACAAAAUUCGACAACUCGCCUCAGACCUCCCUGCCUGCCGGCUUGCCCUCUCGCUCCAUGCGCCAGAUCAACCAACGCGUCUGAAGCUCAUGCCCAGAGCUGCUGCUGGAUGGAAACUCGAGAGGGUCUUGGAAGCGACGGACGAGUUUGUGAAGCAGCAGAAGCGCCUGAACAGCACGGGCAUGAAGAACAUCGGACUGCUAGUCGAAUACAUCAUGAUUCAAGAUGUCAACGACACCCUUGAACAAGCACAUGCACUCGGGCGCAUUCUCCAGCCGCGUGCAGACGCAGUUAUUGUCAAUUUGAUUCCUUACAAUCCCACGGACGUUCCCUAUGAUUACAAGCCGUCGACCCAGGAGCGAGUUGACGACUUUUUGACGAUUCUGCGAAAGGAAUACGCCAUCAAGGUUCUCGUGAGGCAAACGCUCGGUCAAGACAUCGACAGUGCUUGCGGCCAGCUGGUGGUACGGGCAGGCCAAGAGGAGAGCCGAGGAAAGAUGUCAGACACGAGCGACGAGAGUGAGGAUGAAAGUUCGGGGGCUUCUCCUCAGUUGAAAGCCGAAGACCAAGGUUCAACGUCCAUGGCGUCCUGCGCGGAAGGGCGUCUCUCUCGAACGAGAAGCAGAGGCGAGGAAGACACGGACGAUACGUCAGCGGACUGGGUGGAGACUCAGACAACGACGUCUUUCCACUCUUGCUGGCAAGUCGUUAAAGAGUGGAUUGCACUUCCAAAGUGGAUGCGGAGCUACAAGAAUGUCAGCAGUGGAUGGUGGCCGACCCUAACAAGCGAUGCAGACGGGGAGGACGAGGAUAAUAACGGAGAAACCGAUGCAGAGCUUCAGCGGAAACAGGCAGUUUUGGCUGCUUCGCUGGCGGCGUUUGCCGGAGUCGCUGCCGCGGGGGUAACUCACUGGAUUUUGAGGCGCGCUCGAGUGUAGUGUCAUUUGCAAGAAUGCAGAAACGUUUUGUGUGGGCGAAGCUCGGCCGUUUCAAGUGCAAAUACGUCCAGAGCCGUGGCUGGGCACCCGCUGCUACACUCAGUUGUGAACAGACAUUGACAGAUUUCUCUUCUCGAUGUGGAGGUUCCCAACAAUGUUAGGUGCGGCUUCAGUGCUCGCACAGGCGCCACAAACGAUUACAAACGGCGCUGGCCUGCGCACGAUGAUCCAGGCGGCGGGACGCUUCGUGCGUACUUUUACGAAACGCUGAUCGUGUAAAAAACAAGCAACCACGCAGCUCCAGGCAUGUACAUUUCUGACGGGGAUACGCGAAAACGUCCCAAUUUAGCGGAG